CCCAACGUCACGAUUUCCAAGCCGCGAACUUAUCAUUAUUGCCUAUCAGUGACUGAGGAAGAUCGCUACCAUGACCAAUUCCACUGAUUAAACUCUUCUCGAUAAUUAUCUGCAACUAAUCUUCCCCGAGUGAGGGGGUGCGAAAACGUCCGGGGACUAAAGUAGAGGCAGAGCUUCUUCCUCCUUGCUUUCCCCCCCCCUCUCCGUGUAUAGGCUGCCCGGGUUUGAUAUAUGAAUGAACCCCCGGCGUCAGCUCCUUGGAAAAUUUUCCCUCCAGAAAAAAAGUACGCGCAGAAAAUGGACAGUAGGGUACACCACUUGCCCAUCGAAUCAACUCGUCCACCCCUUGGCUGAACUCUCAUCAUCUUGUCAUACGUGAUUACAUCUCCGUAUGGACCUGGAAUCCAACUCCCAGCCCCUUAAACCACACUUGGUUGAUCAAAGUGUGCAAGAUGCUCACGAUCUCGCGGCGAUGGGCCAUGACCAGGCCCUGACGCGCAAAUUCGACAUGUGGAGCAUGUUAGCCUUGGCAUUUUGCGUCCUAGGAACAUAUUCAACUUUUGCGCAGGAUCUCAGCAGCGGGUUGACCAACGGCGGCGCUGUUACUAUCCUGUGGGGUCUGGUUCUGGUCACAGCAUGUAACCUCUGUGUCGCCGUAUCUCUUGGCGAGCUCGCCAGCAGCAUGCCGACCGCGCUGGGUCAGGCGUACUGGGUGUUUCGACUAUGGGAAACCCCUUCGGGUCGCUUUGCUUCGUACAUGUGCGCGUGGAUCAACACCUUCGGCUGGUGGACGUUGACCGCAUCACAAGUCGCCUUCAUGACCGAGUUUCUUCUGGGCAUGAAGGUCAUGUUCGAGCCGACGUGGGAAGGGGCCGGGACCGGGUGGCUGGAAUUCCUCGUCUACAUCGGCUGUGUGCUUCUCUUGACCGUGAUCAACGUGGUCGGGUGCCGGAGGGAGAAAAUCCUCCCCUGGAUCAAUAACUUCGUCGGAGUUUGGUUCACCGCGUUAUUCGUCAUCCUGUCACUGGCGUUGCUUAUCUCGGUCGGAGUGAAGAAGGAUCUAUCGUUUCAACCCGCAUCCUUCGUAUUCGGCAAAUGGAUGAACCAGACCGGUUGGAGCGAUGGUGUCGUGUGGUUUACGGGCCUCGUUCAGGCCGCAUACGGUCUGACGGCUUUCGACGCGGUCAUUCACAUGGUGGAAGAAAUUCCUGCACCCCGAAAGAACGCCCCUAGAGUUAUUUGGCUGGCUGUGCUCCUUGGCGCCGUCACCGGUUUUAUCUUCAUGGUCGUCUGUCUCUUCUGUAUCCAAGACGUGGAUCGGGUGGUCGACUCCCCCAGCGGACUACCUUUCAUUGAAUUGAUGCUCGAGACGAUCGGAUUAAAGGGCGGCGCGACAUUGAUCGCAUUAUUCAUCUUCAACGGCCUGGGACAAGGUGUCAGUGUCUUAACGACCGCAUCUCGACUGACAUGGGGAUUUGCGCGCGACGGCGGGUUACCCUGGAGCGGAUACCUCAGCCACGUGGACCCGGUGUGGAAAGUGCCGGCGCGGUCACUCUGGUUCCAGGGCGUUUUGAUCGCGCUGGUCGGAAUCCUGUAUCUUUUCGCCAAUACGGUGCUCGAGGCCAUUCUCAGUGUGAGCACCAUCGCCCUCACGAUCUCCUAUGGUAUGCCCAUCGCCGCUCUCCUCGUCGUCGGACGGGAUAAACUGCCACCGGGCCAGUUCAAUCUCGGGCAAUGGGGCAAGCCUUUGAACUGGAUCAGCAUUAUCUACUGUGCCGUUACGACGGUAUUCUUCUUCUUCCCUGGUUCACCCAAUCCACCGGCGGGUGAUAUGAACUACGCCAUUGCCGUCUUUGGAGUAAUGCUGGUGGUGGCUGUCAGCUUCUGGUUCAUUCAGGGAAGUCGCACCUACUUGAAGACAGAGGAUGCCAUUGCGCAGAUGAUUGUGGCGCAACGUUUGGAGAAUGAGGGCACGGAUGAGCCGGAUUCGAAGAAGAAAUAGACCGAUUGGUGAAAUGCUGGGAAUACGUGUGGUCGUUCCAUAUAAACUACACCUUCAUGUCAGGCAUCUAGUAUACUUAGCGUGAACGGAAUAUAUUAGGUUUUUCUUAUCUGUGUUUGGCAACCAUGACAAUAAUCUAGCUUAAUCAGCUACCCGGUACUACUCGUGUUUCUCGGCCUCUGAAGGUUGAACCCUACUCCUACGAUAGGGGAGUUCCCACUAGUUCUACAGUGCACCAUGCAGAUCGUGCUUAGUCUCAGCUACCAAAAUAACUGGGCCAUAUGCUGAAUAAUAUUCGUUAGCCCCUAAUGCAGUGCAUCCAAUACGGACGAUGUUGUAUGUGGGUUUAGGAGGUUGUUUUAUAAGGGUCUUCUCUAUCCCUGGCCCAUAACAGACUAGCCUUGAUUU